CGACUCAUAAUUGACACUCACAUAGAUGCUCUACUCAACCUCCCCAAGAUGACGAGUGAGAACGGCAAUGAAUUGCGGAACCUACUCGAUACCUGUACCAAAAAUAUUGACGCUUUGAAGAAUCGAGAGCUACCUGUGGGAGGACUUUCGGAAAUGAUACUGGUCAAUGUAAUUUCCAAACAGUUGGAUAAAGAAACAAGGAAACUGUGGGAAUCCCAGCUCCCAGUGGAUGAGCUGCCUACGUAUGCUGAUAUGGUUGAUUUCUUACGCGAGCGAGGUCGCAUUCUGCAGAAAAUGAAAGGCUACAAUGAACCACGACCUCCCGCUCCAACGAAGCUGAAAAGUAAACCGGAACAGAAAACUAUUCAAGGGAGGAAUUUCAUACAAACAUCCAGCCAGGCCAAAGAUGCAUGUUUCUGCUGCAGUGGUGAUCACCUGAUCUACAAGUGUGACAUUUUCCGAGGACUCACUGUCAAUGAACGGUUCAUCAAAGUGAAGCAAAUCGGUCUUUGCUUCAAUUGCCUACGACGCGGCCAUCGUACGGGUGAGUGCAAUUCUGAAAGGACGUGUAAAACAUGCAAGCGAAAACAUCAUACUCUCCUGCAUGAAGAUAAGCCCACAGCUUACAAGACACUGGCAAGCCAAUCAACUGCGUCAGUUCCCGCUGUUGCAGAAGAUCAUCGUGAGAUUGCUGUACAAACACAUGGAUCUAUCAACUGUGCAAAUUCGUUCAUGCUGAAACAACAUGUGCUCCUUUCGACCGCAGAAGUGCUUGUGUGUGAUUCCGGAAAUAAAACUGUGGUAUGCCGUGCCUUGUUGGACUCAGGAUCUGAUUCGAACUUAAUCUGUGAAGCUCUUGCGAGAAAAUUGAACAUUGUCAUGGAAAACGUCAACAUCCCAAUCAGCGGGGUCAAUAACGCUGAAACGCAAGUUAAGUAUAAGCUUUGUGCAAAGAUCAGCUCUCGCGUUAAUUCGUUCAACGCCUUUCUAGACUUUUUGGUGGUACCAACGAUCACCACCAAUCUGCCACUCAUGAAGGUGGAUCAAGGCGGUCCGAAUCGUAGAGUUUGCCAAUUAAACCUCACCGACGAACAACUCAAUCGCACCCUCGUGAAGUUCUGGGAGUUAGAAACAUGCCAGGAAGCCUUACCAUACACACCAGCAGAACAAGCCGUAGAGAAACAUUACGAGCGAACAUUUUCCCGUGAGGAAACAGGUCGAUACACUGUCAGACUGCCAUUCAACGAAAACAAGGUUCAACUUGGCAAUUCCUUGGAAACCGCACGGACACGUUUCAAUCGUCUACUACGAUCGUUCGUCAACGAAAACAAGAAAAAUCGAUACACUGAAUUCAUGACAGAAUACUUGGCCCUCGGUCAUAUGAUUGAGGUCCAUGACAAUCCCAAUGAUUGCUACUUCUUACCUCAUCACGCCGUUUACAAGGAGUCAAGCUCGACGACAAAAAUCCGUGUAGUGUUUGACGCUUCGGCGAAGACCACGUCAGGUCUCUCGCUGAACGAUGCUUUAGAGACAGGACCAACAGUGCAAAACGACCUUAUCACAAUUCUCCUCCGAUUUUGCUGCUUUCCUGUGGCAAUAACAGCAGAUGUUCCGAAGAUGUAUCGUCAGGUGUAUGUCCACAAAGAUGAUAGGAAGUAUCAACGCACUCUAUGGCUGAAUUCAAAUAACGAAGUCGGAACAUUCGAGUUGACAACUGUAACGUACGGUUGUUCCAGUGCACCAUACCUGGCAACGCGCACAUUGAUGCAAUUGGCAAAGGAUGAAGCAUCUGAGCUGCCCCUCGCAGCCAGAGUCAUUGAAGAUAACAGCUAUAUCGACGACUUUCUUACUGGGGCAAAUACCGAGCAAGAGGUGAUUGAAAUCUGCAAGCAACUUACGGAACUACUGAGGCGAGGAGGAUUUGGAGUUCACAAGUUCUGCUCCAAUAGUGAAGUUGUUCGAAACAGUAUUCCGGUUGAACUCCAAGAAACACUGCUAAACGUUGAAGAUGCUGACAUUAACAGUGUGAUCAAAACUCUCGGCUUGAUUUGGAAUCCCAACGACGACUACUUUACCUUCAUCGUGAACCCACUUGAUGGUAGACUGCCGAAUCCCAUACCAACCAAACGCAGCGUACUUUCUGCCAUUGGACUUCUCUUUGAUCCAUGUGGUUACAUUGGACCUGUGACUACGACAGCAAAAUUGCUGAUGCAAGAUUUGUGGCGAAUCAAGCUAGGAUGGGACGAAGAAUUGCCGGACGACCAGUACCAGUUGUGGACAAUUUUCCGGGAGCAGCUGCCAUCUGUCAACAAACUACAAAAGAAGCGGUGUGUAAUCUCAAGCGACGCAGUAGCAAUAGAACUUCACGGAUUUUCGGAUGCUUCCAAGCGUGCUUACGGGGCAGUCUUGUACACGAGGUGCAUCUCCCCCGAUAGCACGGUAAAUGUUGAGCUGGUUUGUAGCAAGUCGAGAGUGGCUCCUUUAAAACCAACGACUAUUCCUCGUCUCGAACUGUGUGGAACUUUGCUUCUAGCGCGUCUGGUGGAAAAAACUGUAGCUGCAAUGAAAGUUUCUUUUUCGAAUGUGAUACUUCACACGGAUUCGCAAGUAUGUUUGAGCUGGAUGAAAAAAUCACCGCUUGCUUUGAACCAGUUUGUUGCAAAUCGUGUCGCAACGGUACAUGAACUGACCCACGAUUACGAAUGGUGCUAUGUGAGAUCUCAAGACAACCCUGCGGACAUAAUCUCGCGUGGGGUACUACCAGCAGAACUACUCACGAUGGAGCAUUGGUUUAAAGGUGCACCUUCAUUGUGGCUGCAGAAUCCAGUACACGAUGAAGGCAGGAUUUGUUUGGACGACAACGAACUUCCAGAACUCAAGUCAACGACUGUUGUAACUGCUGUACAUCAGAAAACACACAUCGAUUUGAAUAAGGUGAGCAAUUUUCGACGGCUGCAAAGAGCGUGGGCGUAUGCAUUGCGGUUCAUCAAGAAAAUACGCACGAAGGUUUGUAAUACGUCUGACUUACAAGCACAAGAAAUCGCUGAGGCAACACAUGUAAUCGUCCUUCUGGUGCAGAAGGAAGAAUUUCAGGAACUUUUCAACGCACUGAAGGAUAAAAAGAAGAAGUUGAAGCAGUACCAAGGUCUUGCUCCAUUCAUUGACACCGACGGACUCAUUAGGGUUGGCGGUCGUCUCAAGUACUCGUCAAUACCUUAUGAUGGAAGACAUCAAAUCUUGCUACCGGAGAAACACCAUGUGACUCAAAUCAUUGUCCGUCAGUUACACGAGGAACAUUUUCAUGUCGGGCAGCGAGGCUUGCUGUCUAUCGUGCGUGAACGAUACUGGCCUAUAAACGCAAAGCUGCUGAUAAAGAGGAUCGUCUCCAAGUGCUAUGUCUGCUUUCGCCAUAACCCAAAGCCAGUGAAUCAAUUCAUGGGCAACCUACCGAACUAUCGAAUUACACCGUCGCCUGUGUUUUCGAAUACUGGAGUCGACUAUGCUGGUCCAGUGUAUCUCAAGGAAGUUGGUCCGGGUAGAAAGAAAACUGAAUACAAGGCCUAUAUUGUUGUGUUUAUUUGUUUGGCCACCAAGGCAAUUCAUAUUGAAGUGGUAUCCAACUUAACGGCCGAGAAUUUCAUCGCUUCGCUGCAGCGCUUCAUUAGCAGACGUGGUAUGGUAACCAACAUGUAUUCCGACAAUGGGACGACUUUCGUCGGUGCAAAUCAUGAGCUGGCAGAGUUGCGCAUCUUGUUUGACGAUCAAGCCCAUCAACGAAAACUCAACGAUUUCUGUACUUCGAAGGGAAUUCAAUGGCACUUUAUCCCUCCGCGCAGCCCCCACUUUGGUGGUAUGUGGGAGGCUGGGGUAAAAUCAGCUAAGCACUAUUUGAAGCGUGUCAUCGGUGAAACCCGGCUAACAUUUGAAGAGAUGACGACUUUCUUAGCCCAAUGUGAAGCCAUCUUGAACAGCAGACCUCUAAUUCCAGUUUCAGACGAUCCAAAUGACAUCGAAGUACUGACUCCAUCGCACUUCCUUAUUGGAAGAUCGGCCUUGAGUAUUCCUGAACCGUCAUACUCCGAAGUGAAAGUUGGCCGACUAAAUCGUUGGCAACACAUCCAGUUGAUGAAGGAGCAUUUCUGGAAGCGCUGGUCGGCUGAAUAUUUGCAUCAUCUACAGUCCAGGCCGAAGUGGCAUAACGAAGUUACCAAGAUCGAGAUUGGCGCUUUGGUAGUAUUGAAGGACGACAAUGCUCCCCCACAUCAGUGGCGUCUAGGACGCAUAGUGACAACGCACCCUGGACAGGAUGAAAUAGUGCGGGUGGUGACGAUCCGCACAAACACUGGAGAAUACCGACGAGCUAUAUCGAAGAUCUGUUUUCUCCCAACUGUUGAUCCGAUGGACUCAACGGGGGGAGUAUGAUGCUACGCGUGAAAUACUUCAGGUGACCCCCCGGUAAUCCCGCGUAGGACCGAGAGGGGAAAAGGAAGAGAAGAAAUUUAGUGGAAAUAAAAGUUUUGUUCUGCACACACGCGUUUUGAUUCAAUCACCAGCAAAUCUUCCGAAAACCAAUUCUUUUGAUAUUUUUCUAUGAACAAAUUGUCUCAUAUAAUAAUAUUCCGCCCACUAUAUCACACGAAAUUGCGAGUAGUUGAGUGGAAUGGAGAUAAGUUAAGCAUUGGGUACAGGACCAAGUCUCCCCUGGGUGGUGUCAGAAGAUGAGCGCAAUAGAAUCAUCAAGUUGCCAUAAGGCACGGAAUGAGACUAUUGCAUGGCUGGGUAGUCAAAGUCUUCCAUUCGUUAGUCAUUUCAGGUGGAUUAGAACAGGUUUAGG